GGGGUGGGCCGAGGCGUGGACUCCGGAGGCUUCUCGGGGAAUAAAAAGGGCGCCGUGUGCCGCGUUGGGAAGGAAAACUGGUGGCAACGCGCCCCCCAGGCCGCCCCGGGACGGACAUGGCUCCGGGGGACCCGCGGCGGUGACGCGCCCCCCGCGCGCGCGCGCGCGCUCCGGGCCCCGGUGGAUGGUCAGGGCGCACCGUUCCCGCAGGUCGUGGCUUUGGAAGGACAGGUCGCCAGGGCCCACGCACCCCGACAAGAUGCCACGCCCCCGCGCGCCCUGGCGAGCGCUGUCCGCGGUGCUGAUCCUGGCGUGGGCGGCGCCACCUCCCGCGGCGCGCGCCUGCCCGCACCCUUGCUCCUGCUACGUGCCCACCGAAGUCCACUGCACGUUCCGGUCCUUGGCAGCCGUGCCCGCGGGCAUCGCCAACCACGUGGAGAGGAUCAACCUGGGGUUUAACAGCAUCCAGGCCUUGGCGGAGGGCUCGUUCGCGGGGCUGACCAAGCUGGAGCUGAUGCUGGUCCACGGCAACAACAUCCCCAGCAUCCCCGACGGGGCGCUCCGGGACCUCCGCGCUCUCCAGGUCCUCAAGUUCAGCUACAACAAGCUGCGCGUCCUGGGCGCCCACACCCUGCGCGGCCUGCGGAGCCUGGUGCGGCUGCACCUGGACCACAACCAGCUGGAGUUCCUGCACCCGCAGGCCUUCCUGGGCCUGACGUCCCUGCGGCUGCUGCACCUGGAGGGCAACCUGCUGCGGCAGCUGCACCCCGGCACCUUCGCCACCCUCGCCCUCCUGGGCCACUUCCCGCUCUCCAACGUGCGGCACCUGUACCUGGCGGAGAACCGGCUGCGGGCGCUCCCCGAGGGGCUGCUGCGCACCCUGCCGCUGCUGGACAACCUGUACCUGCAGGGCAACCCCUGGGCCUGCGACUGCGAGAUGCGCUGGCUCCCGGCCUGGGCGGCCCAGGCCCCAGGGAUCCUCAAAUGCAAGAAAGACAAGGCCUACGAGGGCGGCCAGCUCUGUGCCACCUGCUCCAGCCCGACAGCCUUGCGCGGACACGAGAUCCACACCCUCGAUAGCAUCCCGUGCGCGCGACCGUCCAUCGUGUCCCCUCUGAGGGCCAACGCGACCGCCGGCAGCAGCGCCGAGGAGGACCGGGACGAAGACGAGGACGGCGACGGCCCGCCGCCCCCCGCGACGGACCCGCCGUCCCCACCGUGGGCCAUCUCGCUGAACAUGACGGACGAGCACGGCAACACGGUGAGCCUGGCCUGCGAGAUCAGGAGGCCGUCGGGCCUGGGCCGGGUCCAGCUGAACCAGACCGAGUCCCAGGGCCUGGACGUCAACGCCACGGUCGCCCUGGACCUGGAGUGCCCCAUGACGCGGGAGAACUACGAAAGGCUGUGGAAGCUCAUCGCCUACUACAGCGAGGUGCCCGUCACGCUGCACCAGGAGCCCGUGCCCGGGCCGGACGCCGGAGUAGACACCUACCAGUACAGGCAGGACGCCGACGACGACGCCCUGUACUACACGGGCGUCCGGGCCCGCGUCCUGGCCCGGCCGGCCUGGGUCCUGCAGCCGCGCAUCGACCUGCAGCUCAACCGCCGGCGGAGCACGUCCAAGAAAGUUCUGCUGUCCUACCAAUCUCGGUUCUCCCUCACCGUGUCCGGCACCGACGCCGGGCAGUCCCGCGGCCGCAGCUGGGUCAUGAUCGAGCCCGGGCGAGACGUGCGGAGAGCCCAGACGGUCCUCGAAGGGUCUCCGUGCCAGCUCAGCUGCAACGUGAAGGCGUCCGAGAGCCCCUCCAUCUCCUGGGUGCUCCCCGACGGCUCCGUGCUGAAGGCGCCCACGGACGACCCGGACGGAAGGUUCUCCAUCCUGACCAGCGGCUGGCUGAGGAUAAAAUCGACGGAGCGGGCCGACUCGGGCGUCUACCAGUGCGUGGCCCGGGUGAAGGACGAGACGGACCGCCUGGCGUACCGGGUCCUCGUGCAGCCUCGCACGGUGCGGCCCACGGAGGGACACGCGGUGACCGUCGCCAAGAACCCCGGGGAGCCCCUGGAGCUGCCUUGCCAGGCGCUGGCCGUCCCCGAGGCCCAGCUCAGCUGGAUUCUCCCCAACCAGAGGAUCGUCCACGAGUUGGCCAACACCUCCCACGCCUACGUCUUGCCCAACGGGACGCUCUCCAUCCCCGCGGUCCGCGUGGGCGACGGAGGCUACUACCGAUGCGUGGCCGUCAACCAGCAAGGGGCCGACCAGUUCACGGUGGGGGUCACCGUGAGCAGGAAAGGGUCGGGCGGGGCGUCCAAACGAGGCCGGCGCCCGGGUGGGAAGGCCCUGGCCAGGCCCAGAGGGGGUGUCGUCGAGGACGAAGGGGGCUCGGGCGUCGGCGGGGACGAUACCCCGUCGUCGAGCAGGGUCCUGCACCCAAAGGACCAGAAGGUGUUUCUCCGCCCGAAGGAGGACCCCAAGACCAAGAAGGGGCGAAGGAAGCCAAAACCCUGGAAGCACGCCGAGAGGGAGCCCGAGGCCACCAUCGCCGAGGGCCGCAGGGCCUUCGAGUCCCGGCGGAGGGUCAACGUGGCCAGCAAGCAGAUCAACCCCGACCACUGGGCGGAUAUCUUAGCCCGGGUCCGUGGGAGGAACGCCCCCAAGGGCACGGGCGGGCCCGAGGCCGCCGUGGAGACGGCCACCGCGCCGUCGGAGAGCGGAGAGGCCACGCCCGUCCCGCCCGUCGCGUCUCCUCCCUCGGUGUCCCCGUCGGCGGCGGCCCAGACGACAGCCAGCGCUGAGGAAUUCUCGGCGGAUGCUCUGUCAUUUGGGGAGGAAGAGCCGGUUUCCAGGACCGCUUCCGCCCCCGGGAGGAGGCCCGACCGAGGCCGGGCUGGCGUCCUCACGGCUGAAGCCAACGCGACCGGCACCCAUCUGCGAGAAUCCGACGACGGCGACGAUGAGGUUCCUGCAGAGACCCAGGGUCUACCUCAGAUGGCCGUGGACUCCCAGUGGACCGUGGCCACGACAGGGACGUCGGAUAUGCCUUACGAGUCUUCGACGCCACAGAUCCUGGACCCGGCCUAUGAGGAGUCCACCGGUGAUCACAUCGCCACGGAUGACUGGUCUACCGUAGAUGUCGGCCCCAACAUCGCCACGGACGACUGGUCUACCAUAGGCAUUGGGCCUAUGCCAGAGCCUACGUCCCGUGAGAAUGCGUCUCCCUCGGUGGCCACCUCCUGGGGCGAAUCGGACCUCAUGCCAUCCGUGGACCCAGCAUUGGAUGAGGAUCAGACAGAAGGACAGGCGUCCAGACUUGACACUCCAACGCCCACCUUGGCCGUGGUUGAGUCAGGGCCAUCAGAGCGAUCUGGCGAUCUCGCAACACGAGGACACAAAGAGGAAGAGGCGGACGUCCCCCAGUUCGUGAGCCAUGGUUUCAGCCCUCAAGGCAGCCCAUGGAUCACAACGGGCACAGAGGAGAACUCGCGGAAGCUUCCGGAAGGAGACACGCCGGAGAGGGGGCCCACCAGCUCCCGUGGAUCCGAGAGGAAGCGUCAGGGCGUUGAGUCUGUCGAAUCGACUGCGUCGCUUGGCUCUCUAGUUGACGAGGGCCCCGUCGCCGUCGGCACCAUCGCGCCCACCCCAGAGGUCACCUGGCCAUCUGCGCCCACCACCGCUCCCCCUUCCCAAAAAAGGCCCCACGGGAGGAGGAGGCCGCGGCCCCACAGAUUCCGACACCGGCAUAAGCCAACCCCACCCUCGACGUUCAUCCCCACAGCCACCUUCUCGGCUGGACCCGCCGACGUACCCGGAGCCAAGACCCCCGGGCGAGUGGAUGGUUCGCUGGUUCCUACCUCCUGGGGGGAGAGUACGGUUGGGAUCCCCAAACAGGUGGACCCCGUAACCAAGGGGACCCCAUGGAGGAAGCACGGUAGGAGGCCAAACAAACACCGAUAUGGCACCUCGACAGCGAGCCCCGCGGCCUCUACAGCCCAGCCCAGUCCGUCUUCGGAAAAGACGGCUACAGAUGGUACCACUCCCCGGCCGGAAACGGCCCUGGUGUCUACAACCGUCUCCCAGAGAACUGGGGACCCCCGUGAGACCACUAGAGCGGCAGAAUACAGGACCACCACCCCCAAGAUGCACGUGUCUCGCGAUGCAACCCAAGAGACAACGCCAGCCACGUACAUGCCCGUAUCGGACGGAAAAGAAACGGAGAAUUCAAGUGUCUACAACGUCCAUGACAACAUAAGCGAGUCCGUCACUGAUGUCACAUCACCUCCUGGCUUUGAGGUCCCCGCCGCGGGGGAAAUUAAGAAGGAAUCCCGUCCUUCCAGCGUUCCAGGCACGGAGAGCUGGACUCCACCGAGGACAGCCCCGCCUGGGGGUCCGCAGACAGACACCCCCGUGCCCCCCUCUUUGGAGACCCUCACGCACCCCUCAUCCUUUUCCCAAGACUCGGGGGACCCGGAUCUCCCCUCUGAUGUCCCCCCUUCCCUGGCGCUCUCUACACAGGAAGACGUUGUUGCUUCCACUGCUCGGAGCACAGAUGUAGAGGCGACUUCACGUUGGGCCGGAUCCACCAUCCGUGGCCGGGGUCCUCACGAAACCACCCCGGCUCCCGUCCGUCCCGCAACGCGACCCCAGCAUCCCGUCCUCACUCCGGCCCCCGUGGGGGAGUCAGCGACCCCGUUCGCACCCACGAGUCUUGGGGAGCCAACCACUACCACCGAGCCCGCCCAUCUCACGUCGAGCCCGCCACCUCCAACGUCAACGGGUCCCAAGGACCGCGUCCUCCUCAAUUCUGUGGGGGGCCCCGAACCCCAAACUGCCCCCGGGAAGAAGGAGGAGGUGACCCAGCACACGUGGUGGCGAGGAAACGAAUUAUCCACCCCCUCGCCCAAGAGGGGUCCAUUUCACGUCACCCCGAAACAGGAGGCAGGGAGGGAAGUCUUAGACGAGAGGACGAAGGACAUUGUUCUACGCGGCCCCGAUGGUCACCACCAUCCCGGUGGGAGAGUCCAAGUUCUCCACCAACCGGCCAGAGCUCCCCCGAGAGGGACGACGAGGCCACCCCACGGGACCACCCAGAGCCCCUUCAGAUACCUCGCGACGUUCCAGCCCCCUCGCCACGGGACCAACAAGCCGGGCAUCACCGCGUACCCCUCCAGGGUUUUGUCGGACAAGAAGCCCUGGACGACGACAACGUUCUCCAGCCCGGCCACCGCGGGCCCGUGGCGCACGUCCACGCCUCACAAGGUCACGGACCACGGGGCGGACCGAUUCCACGGCCACUCCAGAGGGUUUGGGCACAACAGCCUCCCGGAUCUGAGAGACCCCGUGGGCCGGCCGCCCAACGCAAGGGUCCCUCAUCACUCCGACGGAAGAUUCCCUUUCUUCUCCAACCGGACGUUCUCUUUCCCACAGUUGGGCGUCACCCCAAAGACCCAGCCCCCCACCUCCCCCGCCCCAGGGCUGAGAGACAGAGCCGUCAACCCGGGUGCCUACAAUCGGAUCCACACUCAGACCAUCACCCACGUGGACUUUGGCCCGCCAGCACCCCCGUCACUGCCCCGUCCCAGGACCGUGUCCCCCCCUUCCACCAACGUCCAGAACAGCCCGGUGGUCUACCCCACCCGGAACGCCGUCCCCUUCCUGACUUCCCCCGGCCCUCCGUCCGGAAGCUUCCAUCCGAGCGGCUCCAAGCUCUUCUCCGCGGGGGGGCCGCCGGCGUCUAAAUUCUGGACCCUUGGAGAGAAGCCACAGAUCACCACCAAGUCCCCCCAGACCGUGACCGUCACGGCCGAGACCGACGUCGCCAUCCCGUGCGAGGCCACGGGGAAGCCCAAGCCUUUUGUCACCUGGACCAAGGUUUCUACAGGCGCCCUCAUGACACCCAACACCCGGGUCCAGCGCUUCGAGGUCCUGAAGAACGGAACCUUCGUCAUCCGCCAGGUCCAAGUCCAGGACCGCGGCCAGUACGUGUGCACCGCCCAGAACCUGCACGGCGUGGACCGGCGCGCGGUCCUGCUCUCGGUGUCGGUCCAGCAGCCCCAGAUCCUCGCCUCCCACUACCAGGACGUCACCGUCUACCUGGGCGACACCAUCGCCAUGGAGUGCCUGGCCAGGGGCACCCCCGCGCCCCAGAUCUCCUGGAUCUUCCCGGACCGCCGGGUGUGGCACGCCGUGUCCCCCGUGGAGGGCCGGGUCACGCUGCACGCAAACCGCACCCUCUCCAUCAAAGAGGCCUCCUUUGCCGACCGCGGCGUGUACAAGUGCGUCGCCAGCAACACGGCGGGCGCGGACAGCCUGGCCAUCCGCCUCCACGUGGCGGCCCUGCCCCCCGUGAUCCACCAGGAAAAGUGGGAGAACAUCUCGCUGCCCCCUGGGCUCAGCGUCCACAUCCACUGCAGCGCCAAGGCCGCGCCCCCGCCCGCGGUGCGCUGGGUGCUCCGCGACGGCACCCACAUCCGCCCCUCCCAGUUCCUCCGCGGGAAUCUCUUCGUCUUCCCCAACGGGACCCUCUACAUCCGCAACCUGGCGCCCAAGGACAGCGGGCGCUACGAGUGCGUGGCCGCCAACCUGGUGGGCUCCGCGCGCAGGACGGUGGAGCUGACGGUGCGGCGCGCGGCGGCGGCGGCCAACGCGCGCAUCACGGGCACCUCCCCGCAGAGGACCAACGUGCACUACGGGGGGACGCUCCGGCUGGACUGCAGCGCCUCGGGGGACCCCUGGCCGCGCAUCCUGUGGAGGCUGCCGUCCAAGCAGAUGAUUGACACCUUCUUCAGCUUGGACCCCCGCGUCCGGGUGUUCGCCAACGGGACCCUGGUGGUCACCUCCGUCACCGACAGAGACGCGGGCGACUACCUGUGCGUCGCCCGCAACCAGGUGGGCGACGACUUCGUGGUCCUGCGGGUCAACGUGGUCAUGCGACCCGCCAGGAUCGAGCAGCGGGAGGCCAACGACCACCGGGUCCUGUACGGGGGGGACCUCAAGGUGGACUGCGUGGCCUCCGGCCUCCCCAACCCCGAGAUCUCCUGGAGCCUCCCCGACGGGAGCCUGGUGAACUCCCUCCUGCAGGCGGACGACAGCGGCGCCCGCACCAAGCGCUACGUCGUGUUCAACAACGGCACCCUCUACUUCAACGAGGUGGGCCUGCGCGAGGAGGGGGACUACACCUGCGUGGCCGAGAACCAGGUGGGCAAGGACGAGAUGACGGUGCGCGUCAAGGUCAUGACGGCGCCCCCCUCCAUCAGGAACAAGACCUACGCGGUCGUCCGCGUCCCCUACGGCGACGUGGCCACCGUGGCCUGUGACGCCAAAGGGGAGCCCCCGCCCACGGUGGCCUGGCUGUCCCCCGCCAACAAGCUCAUCCCCAGCUCCUCCGACAAGUACCAGAUCUACCAGGACGGGACCCUGCUCAUCCAGAAAGCCCAGCGCUCCGACAGCGGCAACUACACGUGCGUCGCGCGCAACACGGCCGGCGAGGACCGCAAGGGGGUGUGGAUCCAAGUCCACGUCCAGGCCCCCAGGAUUAACGGGCUCCCCGACGCCCUGACCACCGUGCGCGAGGUGGCCCCCGCGGGGAGCCGCAAGCUCAUCGACUGCCGGGCCCAAGGCGUCCCCACCCCGAUGGUCUUCUGGGCGUUCCCCGAGGGGGUCGUCCUGCCCGCGCCUUAUUUCGGCAACCGGGUGACCAUCCACCGGAACGGGACGCUGGACAUCAGGAGCCUGAGGAAGAGCGACUCGGUCCAGCUGACGUGCAUCGGGCGCAACGAGGGCGGCGAGGCCAAGAUGACGGUGCAGCUCACCGUCCUGGAGGCCGCGGAGAGGCCGGGGUUCCACGACCCGGUGGACGAGAAGAUCGUGGCGGCGGCCGGCCACACCAUCAGCCUCAACUGCUCGGCGUUCGGCACCCCGACACCCACGCUGGUGUGGGUCCUGCCCAACGGAACCGAGCUCCCCGGCGGCCAGCAGCUGCAGCGGUUCUUCCACAAACGCGACGGGCGGCUCCACAUCAGCGGCCUGUCGGCGGCGGACGCGGGCGCCUACCGCUGCGUCGCGCGCAACGCGGCCGGACACACGGAGCGCCUGGUGGCCCUCAAGGUGGGCGCCUCCCCGCCGCCGCCCGAGGCCCAGAAGCAGUACCGCAACCUGGUGAGCAUCGUCCACGGGGAGACCCUGCAGCUCCACUGCGCGCCCCCGGGGAGCCGCCAGGGGACCCGCCAGGCGCGCAUCUCCUGGACGCUGCCCAACGGGGCGUCGCUGCAGGGGAUCCAAACGCGGGGGCGCACGUCCCUGUGGGACAACGGUACCCUCACCGUGCGGGAGGCGUCCGUGUUCGACCGGGGGACCUACGUGUGCAAGGCGGACACGGAGUACGGCCCUUCCGUGGUCACCUUCCCCGUCAUCGUCAUCGCCUACCCGCCCCGGAUCACCAGCGAGCCCACGCCCGUCAUCUACACGCGCGCGGGCGGCACCGUGAAGAUGAGCUGCAUGGCGAUGGGGCUCCCCAAAGCCGAGAUCACCUGGGAGCUCCCCGACAGGUCGCACCUGACCGCGGGCACCCAAGCGCGCCUGUACGGGCACAGGUUCCUUCACCCGCAGGGGUCCCUGACCAUCCAGCAGGUGACGCAGAGGGACGCGGGCUUCUACAAGUGCACGGCCAAGAACCUCCUGGGCACGGACUCCAAGACGACCUACAUCCACGUCUAUUAAGACAGGAAACCACGCCGAGCUGGUGUGGCUCGGUGGAUGGGGCCCCGGCCUUGCGGACCGGAGGGUCCCGGGUUGGAUGGCACAGGCCC